AUGGCCGCGUUUAGACCGCGUACGCCACGCUCGAACACAAAUACGCCUCCCUCUACUGGACCCAUAACGAAGGUAAGGGAACGAACGGCACGCUCGGUACCAAUGUCUGCGGGUGGAGUAGCUGGUCGCGCCUCAAGGUCUUCUCUAAGUGCAGGAACUCCGGAUUCACUUAGCGACAACGAAGCCGCUAGUGGUCUAGGACAAAGAUAUAGGAAACCCAGUGUACCAAGAUCUACGUUGACACCCGGAGGUUCGCGACCUGGUUCCAGACCUGGAUCACGAACUGGUUCCAAGCCACCAUCAAGACAUGGAUCCAAUUUAUCUUUAGACAGCACAGACGACGUCUCCACACCGUCGCGGAUCCCAAUGAGGAAAGUGACAAACACAAGGGCGUCGUUGGCACGUGCUGCUGCUACGGCCAGCAAAUUGGGGGUGACUACGCCCAACGGUGGGUCACGGCCAAGGACACCUACUGGCAUAUUAACGCCGGCUAGUGGAAGGUAUCAUAGCGGAGCGAUGUACCGCACUUCAAGUAUACCUACAUUGUCACCGGUUCCCGCCUUAGUGAGACAAAGAACACCUUCGGGAAGCACAACACCAGUUAGGCCGGGCCAGCAGACAGCGACCUCAAGACUAUUACGAAAGACUUCGGACGCGUCAGAUAGUGGGACGCCAGCAACGCCCGUUACUCGGCGCACGUCCACCUCACGAACAACUGAAAAACGAGAACCAUUCCGACUAUAG